AUGGAGGUGGCGCCGGCCACUGCAGAGCUGCUGGCCGUCCUCCAGCGCACGGCCCAGUGCGAUGCGGCCACGGCCAUGCAGCUGCUCAGCAGCCUGCAGGUUGACAGGGCCGAGGCUGACAAGGCCGAGGCCGACAAGGUAAGGAAGGACAGGCGGAAGAAGGAGGAUAGGAUCAGGACAUCGCCCGACUUCUGCGGCUGGACGGAGGCCCGCCGCGCCAAGAUCAUGGCGGGGCCCGCCACCGACGCGCGUGUCGACUACUACUCUUGCCUCGCUGACGAUGCGGCGCAGAGCCCCAGCAAGCGCGAGGCUGCCAUCCUCCUCUCGGCGGCCGAGGACCAGCUGGAGGGCGGCCUGGCGGCCGCGGCCCUGGCGACCGCCGGGCAGGCCGCGGAGAUCUGCGCGGGGCUCGGCGACGCCGCCGGGGAGGCGGACGCGCUCCGCCUGGCGGUGCACGCCCACAGGCUGCAGGCGGAGCUGGCCAGGUGGAGCCCCAUCGAGCACGGGGGCGUCGGCGCAGCGCUGCAGAGCACGCGGCGGGCGCGGGAGCUCGCCGAGCCGCGGCUGCAGGCGUGCCGGGCCCGGGGCGACGCGCGGGGCGCCGCCGUGAUGCUGCUCUGCCUGGCCGAGGUGGACGCGGACGCCGCCCCGGGCGCGGCCGCCAUCCCCGAGGCCGCGCUGCAGGGCGCCGCGGAGGCCUGCAGGCUGUUCCGGGAGGCCCAGGACCGCAGGAUGGAGGCGGCGGCGCUGCUGGCGCUCUCGCGCCUGCAGAGCCGCGAGGGCCGCGCCGCCGAGGCGCGGCGCUCGGCCGAGGAGGCGCUCGCGCUGUACCAGGUGCUCGGCAGCAGGCGGGCGGAGGCGGCCGCCCUGCACGCCCUCGCCGUGGCGCUGGCCCUGGACGGCGACGUGCCCGCGGGCCUCCAGGCGGCGAGGGACGCGCUCGACGCGGCCCGGGAGGCGCAGGACCCUCGGGCCGCCGCCCUGGAGCUGGUCACCAUUGCCGCGUUGAGCCUCGACGUGGAGAGGCCCAACGACGCCCUCCCCGCGGCGCAGGAGGCCAUGGACGCCUGCCGCACCAUGGAGGCGGCGUUCGGGCUGUGCGCGGUCGCGGAGCAGAUCGCCGCGGAGGCGCUGGUCAUGAAGGACGAGACGGCCAGGGCCGUGGAGCUGGCGCUGAGCGGGCUGGAGAGGUGCCAGGAGUCGGGGGACAAGCGCGAGGAGGCGUUCGCGCAGGUGACGCUGGCGCAGCUGCGCGCGUGCGCGGGCGACGGCGCGGAGGCGGCCGCGGCGUGCGAGGCCGCCCUGGCGAUCUGCCGGGACCUCGAGGACGAGCGCUGGGCGGCGCUGGUGCGGCUGGUGCUGGCCCAGGCGCUGCGCGAGGCCGGCGACGCCGCGGGAGCGGAGCGGAGCGCGCAGGAGGCCGAGGCGUUUUUCGCAGAGGACGGCGACGAGCGCCACGAGGCCACAGCGGCGACGCUGCUGUCCAGCCUGCUGCUGGAGAGGGGCGAGCACGACAGGGCUCGGCAGUCGGCGCAGCGGGGGCAGGAGCUCUUCCGGGAGGCGCGGGAGGCGGAGCAGGAGCUGGUGGCGCAGCUCCAGGUCGCCGCCUGCAGCCUCCACAAGGGGGAGCUGGCGGAGGCCCUGUCGGGGAUCGAGGAAGUAUUGCAGACAAGCAAGGAUAUUGGCUUCAAGAGGGGCGAAGUUGCCGCUCUGAGCCUUGCCAUCGACGUCCACAGAGUCUCUGGCGAUGCCGGGCAGGCGCUGGAAGCUGCUAAGAACAUGCGCAGGGCAGCCCAGGAGGCUGGCAGCCGCAAGCUGGAGACCACCGCGCUCUACCACAUCGCGCGCGUCCACAUCGACAGGGGUGGGGGCGAAGCGAAGCUGGCCGCUAGGGCGGCGGACGCAGCGGGGAAGGGCGCGCAGAAGCUCGGCCACAGGACGGACCAGGUCUACAUGCUGAUCUUGGCCGCCGAGGCACGGCUCGAGGUGAUCCGAGAGCUGAGCGACAGCGCGGGCAGCGAGCGCUUGCUGAGGGAGAGCGCGAGCAGGUGCCUGCAGAACAUCGGGGACGCAGUCGCCCUCGCCGAGCGAACGGGCCGCUCGCACCUGCAGGCCCUGGCGACGUACUUCGAGAGCGUAGUGCUCCUCGCGCUGCGCGACAACCAGGGCGCCACCGUGACCUCGCAGCGGUCGCGCGGCUUCUUCAGGGAGGCCAAGGACCAGUCCGGAGAAGCCGCCGCGCUCCUGAUCUCGGGGGCCGGGGACGAGGAGGGCGUCAGCAGGGCGGCGGAGCUCCUGGAGAGCAUCGCCCCGAAGCCGCUCGCCCUGCCCGCGGGGAUGCCGCCCUGGUACCCUCGCGGGCGCCGCGUGGUCAAGAAGUGGGUGAAGAAGGAGAAGGCCGGCCUGAGCGCCGACCUGGUGACGCAGACUGUCACCCGUCUGGCCAAGGAGGCGAUCCAGCUCGACGAGGUGGAGCUCCACGGCGACAGCCCGCUGAUGGACAGCGGCAUGGACAGCCUCACGGCCGUCUCGUUCAGGAACAGCGUCCAGUCGCAUCUCAAUCUCAAGAUCUCGGCGGCGGUGAUGUUCGACUACCCCACGAUCAAGGAGGUCACGGGCCACAUACUGACGCUCGCGGGCGGCGGCGACGGGGACAGCGAGUACGAGGAGGUCGAGGUCGAGGUGGAGGACGACGGCCCCCCGCCGGAGUGGCUCGCGGCCCAGGGCGCCGUGGCAGCAGCGCCCGCCGUGCCCGCGCCGGAGGAGGAGGAGAAGCCGAAGGGGCUCGACCACAAGGUCGUGAUGUCGACAGUCAAGGAACUUGCGAAGCAAGCCAUCCAGCUCGAUGAGAAGCUCGAGGAGGACGGCCCUCUGAUGGACAGCGGCAUGGACAGCCUGACCUCCGUCGCGUUCAGGAACAGCUUGCAGCAGGUCCUGGGGAUCAAGAUGCCAGCCUCGCUGAUGUUCGACUACCCGACAAUGAGGGAAAUCACGGACAAGGUCGUCCAGCUGAGCUUGGAGCAGUGA